AUGGAAACGGCAAGAUGGCUGACGACGCAUGCGCGCGGCGGCUCGAACCAGACUGACAUUGGCGCGUUGGCGUUGGCGCGCUUCGCUCUGAAUGGGGCCGUGCUCGAGACAUCAGUGUUUCGUUAUCUGAAGCGUUGGUUUGAUGACGGUGAUGCAGAGUCGCCCCUCGAUUUCAACUAUGUCCAAAAAAUGAGCUUCUUAUUAAGCUACAUAGGCUCCUGGCCUCACAAGCAUUUCGGUAGGCCUCGCUUGGGCCUCGUCAUGUCCGUGUACAAUCUUCUCUUGAUCGUCGUCGCCAUAUCUCUGACCAGCUUGGGCGGGACCUACAUAUGGUACAAAAGAGAGAACAUAUCCUUUUUCGAAAUUGGACACGUGCUUUUGUGUAUGUUUUUGGAAUUUUUAUUUUUGCAAAGAUUAUUCACUGCUUGGACGGACAGGUACCGGCAGACAGUAAAAACUUACAUACUUGAGUUUCAUCUAUUUUACUUCAAGAACCGAUCGCCAUACGCUACUAAGAUAUACAAGCAGAUGCAGAUUGUAUCCAGGAUAUUCACCAUCAUCACUAUAUGUAUCAUAUUAUGCGGGAUCAGCCUCUUCAAUUUCAUGCCUUGGUACAAUAACUACAGUAUUGGCAUGUUCGGGCCCGACCGCCCGCCAAACAAAACAUUUGAACACGCCGUGUAUUAUCAUUGCUUCACCGAAGACGUCUAUACAACCUUAAACGGCUACUGGAUUCUCUUCAUAUUAAACAUCCCUAUCGCUUUCCAUACCACCUGCGGUGUGAUGGCCUUCGAUCUUCUGCUUUGCCUGAUUGUACUCCAAAUUUUGGGACAUCUUAAAAUUAUGAAGCAUAGUUUGUUAAGUAUCACGCCAAAAGCUGACAUGUACUCGACAUGUGAGAACAUGCGAGUUCGAGAAACUUUGAAGGACAUCGUCGUACACCACAACAUAAUUAUUAAGUUCGUGAAUAAAUGCUCAGACACAUUUAGCGAUUAUCUGUUCGCAUUUUACUUGCUCAUGCAGAUCCUUAGCAUUAUAUCAACGUUGGAAAUAACCGUAUUCACCGCAGAAGCACUGGUUAAAUACGGACCUUUGACUUUCACGAUAUAUCAACAGCUGAUCCUAGUAUCGAUACUUUUCGAAAUGAUAAAUUCCAGGAGCACGGAGCUGAUCGACGCCAUAUAUGAUAUACCGUGGGAAUGUAUGGACACAAGAAACCGCAGGACGGCGAUGAUCUUACUAAUGCGUGCGCAGACGCCGCUCACGCUGAAGGCCGCCAAGAUGGUGCCCGUCGGAGUCAGGACGAUGUCAGCGGUUCUGAAGACUACAGCAACCUAUUACAUGGCGUUGAACGCCGUGGCUACGGAACGACAGAUGGACCAACGCUAGAACACA